AGAGAGAAUGCACACACAAGGCUGGGAGCUGCGAGGCCCCGUGGAUUUGGGGGCCCAAACUAGCCUGCUUCCCCUUCUGGGUCUGCUGGCCUAAUUCCCAGCUGCAGCUGCCAUUCUGGGCUCCCCUCCCCGAGGCAAUCUCCCUGCAGAUUUGACAGCGGGAGGGGAGGGGCCGAGGGAAGGGGAGUGAACCGGGAGAGGACUCGGCUGUAAUCUCAUGUAGCUGAUCCCGCAGCCUUCUCCAGCUCGGCUGCCCUCUGCCAUCAGCUCUCCAGGCGAUUCUCUCUGUGCCUGCACUCUCCCCUCUUGCCUUCAUCUCCUUAAGAAAGUGUCCAGAAAGUUAAACCCACACACACAAUCCACCAAAAAAAAAAAAAAAAAAAAACCACCAGGGAGCAGGAACAGGCAGACGAGUAAGCGAGCACGCGCGCAGGAGAGAGGGCUCAGCCGGUCUUGGAGGAAGCACCGCACAGGCAGAGGGAGGCUGGGGUUGGCGGGACCGGGACUCAGGUCUCUUAGCCCCCGGGAGCCUCCUUCAUGGACGCAGGGAUCCUGAAAGGGGCUGCCUCAGCUUAGGAUGGGCAACUGUGUCAAGUCUCCACUGAGAAAUCUCUCAAGGAAGAUGCGCCAGGAGGAGACCAGCUACACAGUGGUGCAGACGAGCGAGGAGGGGCUGGCGGCCAGCAACGAGCUCCCCGGGCCACUCCUGAUGCUGGCUCAGAACUGCGCGGUCAUGCACAACCUGCUGGGCCCGGCCUGCAUCUUCCUGCGUAAGGGCUUCGCGGAGAACAGGCAGCCUGACAGAUCUCUGCGGCCAGAGGAGAUUGAAGAGCUCAGGGAGGCCUUCAGAGAAUUUGACAAGGACAAGGAUGGCUAUAUCAACUGCCGGGACCUGGGUAACUGUAUGCGCACCAUGGGCUACAUGCCCACCGAGAUGGAGCUCAUCGAGCUGUCUCAGCAGAUCAACAUGAACCUGGGUGGCCAUGUGGAUUUUGAUGACUUUGUGGAGCUAAUGGGACCUAAACUCCUGGCGGAGACGGCAGAUAUGAUUGGAGUAAAGGAACUGCGAGAUGCCUUCCGAGAGUUUGACACCAAUGGUGAUGGUGAGAUAAGCACCAGUGAGUUACGAGAGGCCAUGAGGAAACUCCUGGGUCAUCAGGUGGGACACCGAGACAUAGAGGAGAUUAUCCGGGACGUGGACCUCAACGGGGAUGGACGAGUGGACUUUGAAGAGUUUGUCCGGAUGAUGUCCCGCUGAGGCCGCCAGGGCCCCUCCAGGACCGCCAAGCUCCGCGGGGCGGGAGAAGAAGAGCCUGAGCUCGCCUCACCCCGCCGCCGCCGCCGCCGCCGCCGCCCAGAGCCCAGGAUGUACUGGCGGACGGGGCCUGCCUGCACCCCGGGGAGGUGCCCACCCCGGACCCCCACCCCUCCGCACUGUGAAAAAGACUCACGACUCCUGCAACUGGAAAGGGGGGGCGCCCGCCAACGAGGAGGCCACCAUGCCAGGCCGGCAGAGGUCAGGCCGGGCGCCGAGUGCCACGGACCCAGCCGCCGCUGGCUGGGGUGGGGGGGCCCACACAGCAUGUCUGCCCCAGGGCAGAGCCUCUCACCACCUUCCUUAGCUCUGUGCCCGUCCCAGCUCGCCUCAGCCCUGUUAUCUCAGAACCAAUAAAAAUAUUUCCAAGAGGAAGGUG